CGCCGCCAGCAAGCCGCCGCCACCGCCCGCGAUGCCCACGGUAAGCGUCGGCCGCGACCGCCUCUUCGCCGCACUCGGCAGGGUCUACACCCAGGAGGAAUUCGAGAAGCUCUGCUUCGACUUCGGCAUCGAGCUCGAUGACGUGACCACGGAGAAGGCCAUCAUCCGGAAGGAGAAGCACCUGGAGGAAGACGGCGAAGCUGACGGCGAUGAAGAGGUCAUCUACAAGAUAGAGGUUGCCGCCAAUAGAUAUGAUUUGUUAUGUCUUGAAGGAAUAGCAAGAUCUCUUCGCAUUUUCAUUGGGACCGAAGCAACCCCUGUUUUCAAACUUUCAUCGGUCCCCAGUGGUUCGAUGCUUCAGAUGCAUGUUAAGAAAGAGACUUCACAAAUUAGACCAUACAUAGUUUGUGCCGUCCUAAGAGGAGUAACUUUUGAUGAAGCCAGAUACAACAGCUUCAUUGAUCUUCAAGACAAACUCCACCAAAAUAUUUGCCGGAAGAGAACACUAGUUGCUAUUGGUACCCAUGAUUUGGACACUCUACAAGGACCCUUCUCAUACGAGGCUCUACCACCCCAGGAAAUAAAUUUUGUCCCAUUAAAGCAGGAGCGUCAUUUCACAGCAGAUAAAUUGAUGGAUUUCUACAGAUCAGACAUGAAGUUAAAGAAGUUUUUGCAUAUAAUCGAGAACUCUCCAGAAUUUCCAGUUAUAUAUGAUAGCAACAGAACUGUGUUAUCUUUGCCUCCUAUCAUCAAUGGUGCACACUCUGCUAUCACCCUGAAGACAAGGAAUGUGUUUAUCGAAUGCACUGCCACCGACCUUACAAAAGCAAAUAUUGUUUUGAAUACAAUGGUUGCAAUGUUCUCAGAGUACUGUGAAAAUAAGUUUGAAAUCGAACCAGUUGAAGUUAUAUCUUAUGAUGGAAGCAAAGCCAUUUACCCUGAUCUUUCAUGUUACAAAAUGGAGGCUUCGAUCUCUGAGAUUCUUGGUCGCAUUGGCAUCUCCCUAGAUGAGACACAGGUUAUCUCCCUUCUGAACAAAAUGCAAUUGCAAGCAGAACUUUGUCCAUCAAAAGGGGAGCCUCGUAUUUCAGUUUCUGUCCCUCCUACGAGAAGUGACGUUCUGCAUGCUUGUGAUUUGGCGGAGGAUGUUGCUAUAGCUUAUGGGUACAAUAAUGUGCCAAAGUCAAAGCCUAAAUCGAUGACCAUAGGUGGAAGGCAACCACUAAACCGUUUCUCUGAUAAAAUUCGUGCUGAGGUUACAAGAGCGGGCUAUAUGGAGGUGCUCACGUUUGUUUUGACUUCGUAUGAAGAAAACUUUGACAUGAUAAACAGGAAAGAUGAUGGAAAUAAAGCAGUCAUUAUUGCAAACCCCCGUACUUCUGAAUUUGAGGUUGUAAGAACUAGUCUUAUGUCAUGUUUGUUGAAAACCCUGAAGCACAAUAUAGACCAUCCGAGACCCAUAAAGAUUUUUGAGGUUGGUGAUGUAGUGGCACUGGAUACGUCACGUGAUGUUGGUGCCUCUAAUAAUCGCCGGCUUGCAGCUUUGUACUGUAGUAGUAAUUCUGGAUUCGAGGAAAUUAUGGGUUUGGUGGAUAGGAUUGUCAAAAUCGUGAGAGCUCCGCACAUCACAUUUAGCCACCCUUACUAUGUUGAAACAAAUGAACCCGAGUUCUUCACGAAAAGGCAAUGUAAAAUUGUUACUAGUGAUGGGAAGCAGGUUGGAUACUUGGGAAUUGUCCAUGCUGAGGUGCUGAGAAAAUUCGGUAUCCCAGACCCCUGCACUUUCGUUGAGAUGGAUCUCGAGGCUCUGCUGUAGUGCCAUCUACUGUGAGCAGGAGAGUUUUGAUGGGUUGGC